AUGGAGGAUAGAACACUGCAUCCUGAUCCUUCUAGCCAUAAUGUACGAGUGCUUGUUAGUAAUAUCGCAUUUCUUUUUGUUACAGAAAUUUCAAGAUCAAAGAGAGAUGCUCCUCCUGCUCACUAUACGUUGAAGGUUGAGUCAUUCUCCCAGUUGUGCAGGAUACUUAGAGACAAUGACCUUGAGAAAUAUGAAUCUGAUGAUUUUGAAGCUGGGGGCUACAAAUGGAAAAUGGUGCUUUAUCCUCAUGGAAAUUGGAAUAGAGGUGCGAAUGGUCACAUUUCUCUCUAUUUAGCCAUUGCAGAGGCAAAAGCUAUUCCUCCUGGAUCACAAGUUGAUGUGACCCUCAAAUUCUUUGUUUAUGAUCACAUUCGAGACAAGUACUUAACGAUCCAAGAUGAUGAAAUGAGGCGUUACCAUUAUUUGAAGACUGAAAAUGGUUUUGACCAGCUAAUCUCACUCAAGAUGUUCAGUGAUCCUUCUAACGGAUAUCUUGUUGAUGACCACUGCGUGUUUGGGACAGAGGUUCAUGUUAAUAAGUAUGAAGGUAAAGGAGAGAGAUUUUCCAUUAUAGAAGAACCCGAUAAUGGUACUUUUACAUGGAAGAUUGAGAGAUUCUCAAAAUUACAAAAAGGUCGCAAUUUUUCAAAGGAAUUUUCUGUCGCAAAACAUAAGUGGUAUGCUGCUAGCCCAGGAUUCUGGUUUUUCUUGCGGUUGAUGUUAUAUACCAAAGGAGAUCCAAUGGCAGGAGGCAAUAGUCUGUCACUCCUUUUACAAAUGCUUAACAACAGUGCUCAUCCUCAACUAAGAGUGUAUGCAGAAUAUAAGCUGACAGUAAAAGAUCAGGUCCAGGAAAGCCAUCACGAGAUUACAGGAAGCGAUUGGUUUAUCAGCAAAUCAAGCGUUGAUUGCUGCUGGGGAUGUUCUGACUUCAUGCCGCUUGAUGAUAUCUUUAAUGCAUCAAAGGGAUUUCUAGUGGAUGAUACAUUGAUUGUUGAAGCACAAAUUUCCCUCCUCGCAGAUGUUGAAGCUCUUUCCUAAAAAGUCAAUGCUUUAAAUAUGAAUAGUAAUGUAGAAUUGUGCGCAUGGAGAGUGGUGUUUUCGUGCUAUUAUUUGCUAUAAGCUAGUGGCCCUAACUAAGAUGAUAAUGGUGAUGUUCAGCUUGAGGAAUUUAGCAAAUCAAUUAUGUUACAGGUAUAAAGUUUAUUAAUGUUAUAUAUGAAUAUGAAUUUAUAAAAUAUCCUCAGUUGGAAACUUGGAAAAAAAAAUUGUUUGUUUUAUUUAUUUAUUUAUUUAGGCUUAUGUAAAAAUCAUUCUUGGAUUUAUGUGGACCAAAGUGUAGGUAA